AUGACGCAUUACAAGCUUACCUACUUCCCGAUCCGUGGAGCUGCUGAAUGUGCUCGCCAAGUAAAUACUCUUGCCUGAAUGAGACCGUAGAUUUCAAUUUAUCUUUAGAUCUUUGCUUUGGCUGGCCAAGAGUUUGAGGAUAACCGCGUGCCACGUGAGCAAUGGCCGACGCUGAAGCCUAGUAAGCUUGAAAACGAAAACAAUAAAGAUUUGCGUCAUUCCCAGCGACCCCCUUCGGUCAAAUGCCGUAUUUGGAGUUUGACGGCAAGAAGUUGGCCCAGUCGCACGCCAUCAACCGCUACUUGGCGCGUCAGUUCGGCCUGGCCGGCGCGACUGCUUUCGAUGAGGCCUUGGUGAGGCAACGCAGAGAGUUACUCACAGAAAAGGGAAGAUUUCAGGUCGACUCUUUGGCAGACCAGAUGAAAGACCACAUGUCCGAGUGCCGUCCUUACUUCGUGGUGUUCGCUGGGUUCGGAGAAGGUGAUGUCGACAAACUGCGUCGCGAGACUUUGGCGCCUGCCGUUCUCAAAAACUACGGCUUCUUCACCAAGUUCCUGAAGGAGAACGGCUCCGGCUUCCUUGUCGGCAGCUCUGCCACCUGGGUUGACUUGCUCAUUGCACAGCACACUGCUGAUCUUCUGAAGAACGCACCAGAAGUGCUCGACGCUUUUCCGGAGAUGAAGGCUCAUCAGCAGAAAGUUCAUUCUCUUCCCAACAUCAAGAAAUGGCUUGAAAAUCGUCCUGAAACCCCCUUCUAA